AUGGCGGCGCUACACAGGAUUGCCGGCUGCGGCGCCCGUCGCCUGCAGCUCGCGAUGCCCUCAGUCCGCUCCUCCGCCCGCCCCUUCUCCUGCACCGCCUACCGCCGCGCCGUCGAGCACACCCCCGUCGACCGGACGACUCUGAUGCCCGUCGACAGCAACUUCGCCCACCCCGCCGACCCCUACGGCAUGCAACGGAUGCAGAACACCGACGGCACCGUCGAGAAGUCGAGAGACGGCAGCAUCGAGGACCGCAAGGUCCGCCACUACACAGUCAACUUCGGUCCCCAACAUCCCGCCGCCCACGGCGUGUUGCGCCUAAUUCUCGAGCUCAGCGGAGAGGAGAUUGUCAGAGCCGACCCCCACGUCGGCCUGUUGCACCGUGGUACCGAGAAGCUCAUCGAGUACAAGACCUACCUGCAGGCCCUGCCGUACUUCGACCGUCUCGACUACGUCUCCAUGAUGACCAAUGAGCAGUGCUACUCGCUGGCUGUCGAGAAGCUGCUGAACAUUGAGAUUCCCGACAGAGCCAAGUACAUUCGAACCCUGUUCGGAGAGAUCACACGAAUUCUCAACCACCUGAUGUCGGUCCUGUCCCACGCCAUGGAUGUUGGCGCCUUGACACCAUUCUUGUGGGGUUUCGAGGAACGUGAGAAGUUGAUGGAAUUCUACGAGCGUGUGUCCGGUGCUCGUCUCCACGCAGCCUACGUCCGCCCCGGCGGUGUUCACCAGGAUAUCCCCGUCGGCCUGCUAGACGACAUUCACCAGUGGGCCACGCAGUUUGGUGACCGCAUCGACGAGACCGAGGAGAUGUUGACGGAUAACCGUAUCUGGAUUAACAGAUUGCAGGGUGUUGGAGUCGUUUCGGCUGCCGAUGCGCUGAACUUGUCGUUCACCGGUGUCAUGCUCCGUGGAUCCGGCGUGCCGUGGGAUAUCCGCAAGAGCCAGCCGUACGACGCGUAUGACAAGGUCGAGUUUGAUGUGCCGGUUGGAAUCAACGGUGACUGCUACGACCGAUACCUCUGCCGUAUGGAGGAGUUCCGCCAGUCCCUCCGAAUCAUCCACCAGUGCUUGAACGACAUGCCCGCCGGCCCCGUCCGAGUUGAGGACUACAAGGUUGCACCACCUCCCCGAACUGCCAUGAAGGAGAACAUGGAAGCCCUCAUCCACCACUUCCUGUUGUACACCAAGGGUUACACCGUUCCCCCUGGUGAGACCUACUCGGCUAUUGAGGCGCCCAAGGGCGAGAUGGGAGUAUAUCUGGUCAGUGACGGUAGCGAGCGCCCGUACCGAUGCCAUAUUAGAGCACCUGGUUUUGCCCACCUGGGUGGUUUUGACCACGUCUCCAAGGGCCAUCUGUUGGCUGAUGCUGUUGCUGUGAUCGGAACCAUGGACCUGGUGUUUGGUGAGGUCGACAGAUAG